AUGGCGGGCCUAAAGCGGCGGGCAAGCCAGGUGUGGCCAGAAGAACACCGUGAUCUGGAGCAUGGGCUGUACAGCCUGCAUCGCAUGUUUGAGAUCGUGGGCACCCAUUUGACACACAAAGAUGUGUGCAUGCUUUACUUCCUCAUUUUUGAUGUCAUUGAUGAUGACCAGCGUGGACGCAUCCGAAAUGGAUGUGAUUUGUUCUUGGCGUUGGAGCGCCAGGGCUGCUGUGAGGAGAGUAACUUUCGCCAGAUGCUGCAGUUGCUGAGCAUCAUCACGCGCCAUGACCUGGUGCCCUACGUCACCCUCAAGAGGAGACGGGCUGUGUGCCCCGAUCCUGUAGACAAGUAUCUGGAGGAGACAUCAGUUCGCUAUGUGACCCCCAGAGCCCUCAGUGAUCCGGGACUGAGGCCGCCCCAGCCCCACAAAACGGUGCCUCCUCGCGACCCCACGGUGUAUGGCCGCCCUUCGGGCCCCCGGCCGUACAGCGGGCGGCCAGCGCGAGGGAGAGCGACCCCGGGGAGCCGGCGAAAACGCCGAAAGUCAGUGCCCCCGGAUUCCACGGAAAAACAAACAUGUGACAUCAGACUGCGGGUUAGUGCUGAAUUCUGCCAGCACGAGACCGCCCUGCAGGGCAACGUCUUCUCUAAUAAGGACGACCCGCUUGAGCGCCAGUUUGAGUGCUUUGACCAGGCCAACGCCAUCCUCGGGUCCCGGAACUUGGGCUCCAUCGUCUGUGGCAUCAAGUUCUGUCAGCUCACCGAACUCGACGCAUUCUGGCGCGACUACAUCAAUGGCUCCUUAGUAGAGGCACUUAAAGAUGUCUUCAUCACAGACUCCCUCAAGGAAGCUGUGGGCCACGAAGCCAUGAAACUGCUGGUGAACGUGGAUGAGGAUGACUACGAGCUGGGACGACAGAAACUGCUGAGGAACUUGAUGCCGCCAGUGUUGCCCUAA